AUGCUGGUGGUGAAACUGAACUCGCGUCAGGGCAACUAUCUGUUCACAGUGGUCUCUUGCGAUGAUGGUGAACUGCAAAGGAACGUUGCAAUUUGGCUGGUUAAUGUUGUCGGCAUCGUUGUUGUAGCUGAUUCCUUUUCACAACCCCAAAUGCAAAAAACUGAGAAAAGUGAUGGCCACAACAAACAGCGGAUGGUCAUUUUUACCUAUUAUAAUGAGCAGCAGGAAGGAUUUCCUGAAGGAUCAUCAGACCCUUCUUUACUGGUUUGUUAUGUUGAUCACGUGGCAUAUAAACUAUGGGAAGGCGAGGAUCGAGGAGAAUUGAAAUUAGUCUCCCAUGGUCGUAAAUUGAGUAAAUUCGGGAUUUAUUAUCCUCAUAUUGAGGCAUAUGUACUUAGCUCUUGUUUGUUGCCUUUGUGCAACAUAAGUUAUGAGACAGCUAAUAAGGGAUUGAUAUCAGCAUUCAUGGAGAGGUGGAAUCGAGACACGAACAACUUAAAUCUCCCAGUUGGUGAGAUGACCAUAACAUUAGAUGAUGUGUCAACACUGCUUCAUAUCUCCAUUGUGGGACAAUUUUGUACAUAUGUGCGGCUGGAAUUUGCCGUUGCAACAAUAGUUUUGGUGGACUUGUUGGGAGUUGAGCAUGCAGAUGCGACCUCAGAAAUGAGACAUUGUCGUGGGGCACAUAGUGCGACUUCCAUUAGUGUAUCAUACCUACUACUAUUUAGGAAUCUGAGAAUGUGUGGCGAAUAUUCAUGGGGAGCUGCUGCAUUGACACAUAUGUACGAACAGUUUGGUGAUGCAUGUUUUGCGCAAACGAAGCAAUUGGGUGGUUAUGUCAUGCUUGUCCAGGCUUUGAUAUAUGAACACUUCCCAAGGAUGGAAAAUAGAAACAUCGUCCCAGCAUAUCAAGAAGUUCAAUCGCGAGCUGCACGAUAUGUUACCAAACGACAUAUCUCUACCAUUAGAGUGGUUAGGUUGCAGUUAGAUAAUUUGACCCAUGCUGGAGUCAUAUGGAACCCUUUUGAAGCGCAUCGGAUCACUUAUCCCUUCGAGUCAAUUACUCUCUUUUCUGUUUUCAUUCGUUUGGGUGUGUCUAUGCAUCGUCAUAUGCCAGAGCGAGUCUUGCGACAAUAUGGCUACGAGUGA